CCCGGGUGGGACGCGUGGACGUGGAAGGCAGAGGCACCCGUGGACGGGCCAUGGCCUCGGGGGUCCCGGCCGCGCGGCGAGUGGAGGCGGCCGAGCCUGGCAGAUUGCUGAAACUAAAGGAGAUGUUUCACUCUAAGUUUGGAACCAUGCCCAAAUUUUAUGUUCGAGCACCAGGAAGAGUCAACUUAAUAGGGGAACAUAUAGAUUACUGUGGAUAUUCUGUUCUUCCUAUGGCUGUAGAACAGGAUAUGCUAAUAGCUGUGGAACCUGUGAAAACACACAUUCUCCAAUUGGCCAAUACAAAUUCCUUGUACCCGGAGUUUACGACUAGUGCCAAUAACAUUGAGAUUGACAAAACCAAGCCUAUGUGGCAUAACUAUUUCCUAUGUGGAUUGAAAGGAAUUCAGGAACACUUUGGCCUUAGUAACCUGCCGGGAAUGAAUUGCCUGGUGGAUGGAAAUAUCCCACCAAGUUCGGGCCUCUCCAGCUCCAGCGCUUUGGUCUGUUGUGCUGGCUUGGUGACACUCACUGUGUUGGGAUUGAGCCUAUCCAAGGUAGAGCUUGCUGAAAUCUGUGCCAAGAGUGAGCGUUAUAUUGGCACUGAAGGAGGAGGAAUGGAUCAGUCUAUAUCAUUUCUUGCUGAAGAAGGAACUGCCAAGUUGAUAGAAUUUAAUCCUCUGAGAGCAACUGAUGUGAAACUCCCAAAUGGAGCAGUGUUUGUUAUUGCCAACAGCUGUGUGGAAAUGAAUAAGGCAGCAACAUCCCAUUUUAAUAUCAGGGUAAUGGAGUGUCGGCUGGCUGCCAAGCUCCUGGCUAAGUACAAAUGCUUACAAUGGGAUCAAGUAAUGCGGCUGAAGGAGGUGCAGGACAAACUAGGUGUGAGUUUGGAAGAAAUGCUGUUAGUCAUAGAGGAUGCCCUUCACCCCGAACCGUAUAGUCCUGAGGAGGUCUGCAGGUAUUUGGGAAUUAGCCUGAAGGAACUUCAAACCCAAAUUCUCAGUCCAACCACACAAGAUGUGCCACUCUUCAAACUCUAUCAGCGGGCAAAGCAUGUGUACAGCGAGGCUGCACGAGUGCUCCAGUUUAAGAAGAUAUGUGAAGAAGCCCCAGAAAACACAGUCCAGCUGCUGGGCGAGCUAAUGAACCAGAGCCACCUGAGCUGCCGGGACAUGUUUGAGUGCAGCUGCCCUGAGUUGGACCAGCUAGUGGACAUCUGUCGGAAGUUUGGCGCUCAAGGAUCUCGACUUACCGGAGCAGGAUGGGGUGGCUGUACCGUAUCAGUAGUACCUGCUGACAAGCUUUCCAGCUUCCUAGCAAAUGUCCACGAAGUUUAUUAUCAGAAAAGCAAUCGAGGCUUAGCACCUGAGAAGCAGAAACUGUUUGCUACCAAACCUGGAGGUGGGGCUUUGGUUUUCUUUGAGGCUUAAACAAUGCAAAAAAUCUCAGUGAAACUAUUUGGGGCAUUUUGAGCUUGGCAGGACUUUGUACGCCACAGUAAAUUAAUCUUCUUUCUGUUUUGUAUUAUGAUGAAUGGUUGGUAUUAUCAAAAUUUAUUUCCAAAGAAUUGGUUAAAAGCUCUCUUUUUUUAAUGAUUUAUAAUGCUUUAUAAUGAUUAUAUUUUCCAUCGUAAAAUAUGUUUUCUACCAAUAAGAGCUAAGUGUAAGCUUGGACAGAUAUCUUAAGAAUGGUUUGAUAAGAUUUAUUGAUUUACAAAUGAAUGGUGAAAACAAAAUUCAAUACUGACUUCAUGGAUUCAACUUGAAUAAAACAUAUUGCUGCAACUAAGCCAGUAAAAUU